AUGGGGCCAGGCCUGGGACAGAAGCUCGGCACCUUCAACACAUCCUCCAGCUCUUCACUCUCCCUAGAGACUCUCUUAUCCACUCCAAUCCACCGGGCAAGUCCUGCACGUCUUAGAAGUACCUGUCUCUGCUAUCAUGUCCUUCUCCCUUACAAGCCCUCCCCGCAGCCGCCCAGCGCUCAGAGAGCAGGGGUCAGGUCCUUCAUCGGCAUCUCUGACCCAGGGCCUGACCCAGAGUGGUCUUUGGGGGAAGGUAGUUUUGUAAGACUGCUGCUAGUGCGAGUGUGUAGGGAUGGGAUCCUCAGCGGCCAAGCCCUGUCCACAGGGCGUCGCAGUUUGAGGGGCAGCCGGCAGCGAAAAGACUUGUUCACCGGGUGUCCCUUGCUCCCUAGCAGUGCCCCUGGCUCGCCUUCACCAUUCAGGACACCAGGGGUCCCGAGGCAAGGGCGCAGCCCCUAUCUCCCACGACCUCGCGGCUCCGCUCCUGCCACCUGGGCGCCUGCCGGGGCCCACCCGGCCGUCGCCCUGGAGGCCUUCGGGUACCUGGCCUCGGGCCACGCCAGCCGCCUGUGGGAACAGCUACGGCAGCUCUGGGCUGACCACUUCUCGCGGCGAUUUUCGCCGCGGCGCCCGCCGCUGCGCCGCCUCUCCUCCAUGUCCACCUUCUACCUGCUGGACCACUGCACGCGCCAGGCCGAGCUGGGCCUCAGCUACGGCGCGCCGCGCACACGCCUUAGUGACCAGGCCUUCGUGUUUCGCGGCGGCCGCUGGGCCAAUGAGGGCCCGCCCGGGCGGUCAAAGCCGCCGCUGCCCUCGCCAACCAUCUCGGGCUGGAAGGCGCAGAUGCGGCGCGUCAAGAGCCAGGUGCUGCUAGAGGAGAACAACUACCUGAAGCUGCAGCAAGAGUUGCUCAUGGACAUGCUGACCGAGACAACAGCGCGCAUGCACCUGCUGGAGCAAAAGCUAAAUGGCGAGGCUAGCUCCACGGCAGCGGCCCGCCCCUGGCAGAAGAAACUGCGCAGGCGCGACAGCGCGGGCGGCGUGCUCAUGCUGGAGCUGGGAGCACUCGAGUCGCGGUGA